UAGGACGCAGCCUGUUUUGACGUUGAAUACGGAAGUGAAGUCCUGUUUCAGUAUUGUUCCUGCUCCGUUCCUGUCAGGUGAACGCGUCUUCAUCAACAGGUGAGAAACAUGACGGACCCCACCAAGCACGACAUCUCUGCCAUCUUCAAGCGGCUUCGCGCCAUUCCUACUAAUAAGGCCUGUUUUGACUGUUCUGCAAAGAACCCAAGUUGGGCUAGCAUCACCUAUGGUGUGUUCCUGUGUAUUGACUGCUCAGGGACGCACCGUUCUCUAGGGGUGCAUCUGUCGUUCAUCAGGUCUACUGAACUGGAUUCAAACUGGUCCUGGUUUCAGCUGCGUUGCAUGCAAGUUGGAGGAAAUGCCAGUGCUUCUGCCUUUUUUAACCAGCACGGCUGCACUUCCAUUGAAACCAAUGCGAAAUAUAACAGUCGUGCAGCCAAACUUUAUAGAGAGAAGAUCAAGACUUUGGCUACCCAGGCCACCAGACAACACGGCACUGAGCUCUGGCUGGACGGUCAGGCUCCUCUUUCUCCUACAUCUCCUUUGGACAAGCAUGAAGACUUUUUCAGCCAGCACACAAAGAAUGAUGGGAACGCCUUUGAGCAAAAUCAAGCACAGGACGUGACCUUGCAAGAUAGAAACAACAAUGACAAUCAGGAAGGCCCUUCUGUUGAGCUUCUCAGUGCUUCUCCAAAAGCUGUUCUAGAGCCGUCUUUACUCAAAAAGAAGCCCGCACCAACCAAAAAAGCGCUGGGUGCGAAGAAAGGAGGUCUAGGGGCUCAGAAAGUGAGUAGCCAGAGUUUCUCGGCCCAGGAGAAGAGAGCUCAGGCUGUGGAUAAACUUCGUCAGGAGUCAGCCACUGAGAAGAGUGCCAAGCCCGAAGAGCCAAUUGUGACGUCUCUGAGGCUGGCCUAUAAGGAUCUGGAGCUCCAAAGAAAGAGGGACGAGGAGAAGCUGCGAGGGCUUGAGGGCAAAAAGAAGGAGCAGGCAGAGAGGCUGGGGAUGGGUUUCUCCAACAGGAGUGGAGUGUCUCACUCUGUCAUGGCGGACAUGCAGACGAUUCAGCAGGAGACUCCCACUUUGGCCUCGUCCUCAUCCCGGGCCAGGAAGUACAGUGAGGAUGAGGAUGAGGAAGAGGGAUAUUUCUCUAUUAGAACCUCCUCCAAGUUUUCCACUGAUGCACCUCAGUCAUCUGAUCAAUUCUUCUCCCAGUGGGAGGACAUCAAGAAGAAAGAAAGCAAGAAACCAGAGCCUGAUAUUUAUUUGACCUCCAAGACAUCAUCAUAUGAAGAAAGGACAACGGCAAGGAGAAAAGCAGAGCCUGGGCCAUUACCCGUCUCGGAUGAUGCCCAGAAAAAGUUUGGUGGUGCAAAAGCCAUCUCCUCUGACAUGUUCUUUGGUAAACAAGACAACUCUGAGUAUGAAAUGAGGACUCGACUAGAGCGCUUCUCUGACAGCUCAGCCAUCAGUUCAGCAGAUCUGUUUGAUGAGCAGAAGAAACAGACAAGCAGUUCAUACAGCCUGAGCAACGUGCUGCCCAAUGCUCCGGAUAUGACCCAGCUGAAGAUGGGAGUCCGCUCUGUGGCUGGAAAACUGUCUGUCAUGGCCAGUGGAGUGGUUUCAACUAUACAGGAUCGCUACAGCACAUGAACACAUAUAGAAUAUGAGGAAGGAAUCAGAAGGACGACUUGAAACAGCCUCUCAGCAUAAAGGAGAGAAACCGUAUGCCUGUGUGUGUAGGUCCAAAAUGCAUUACAAUCAGAUAUAAUGCAUACAGUAUAUGUAGCUUCAUUAAGUAGAUCAGAUGGUCAAUUACACAUAGCAUUAAACCCCCAGGUGUGUUGGAAAAUGAAGUAAGGGGGAACCCAAAGCCCUCCUAACUAGAAAAUUGGACAGAAUUAACAUUGGUUUUCUAGGCACUUUUUUUGGUUAAUAUCUGUUGCAUUGUUUACAUUUUGAUUUUGAAACUGUUACACAUGGAUAAUGCCAGUUUUAAAAGUAAUACGAAUAGAAUGGAUCUUUAUGGGAUUAAAUCUUUUUUUCUUUUUUUUUUGGAUCAUGGGGGAAACCGUGCUAAGUAUGAUUGGAUGUACUAUAUUUACCUUCUGGUAGUUGACGCUAUUGGGUUUAUGCCCUUUAAUUACGCAACGAAUGAGUUAACAAGAGCCAUUAUUUGAUGUCUGUUUAUGGGUGUAAUACAGAGGAGCCCAACUGUGUCCUGUAUGUCUGUAGUCAGCAGUUUGGUGAUUUGGUUCCUCUAAUGCACCUACUGUACACGGCAUACUCCUGGUCCUGAACAGAAGACCUAAAAGUUCAAAUCUGCAGCCCCAGCGUUGUGUACUCGCACAGGUUGACAUAGAACCUGUUUACACCUGGUCAUUUAAUGCAUUUUGAAUUACUGUUAUCCAGCAAAAUAGUUUUUGUAAUAGUAUCUCUUGUACACUAAGCAACCAGGGGAAUUACAAUGCACCAUGAAUGCUCUUUUUAAAUUUUCUCAAGAGCCACAAACAGUCAUCGACCACUUGUGUUAUGACAAAGUAAAAAUGUAAUGCAAUUCGCAAUAAAAAAUUUGACCCGACAGAUUUUAUUUGGAUAGGCUGGUGCAUUCACAAUUGUAAUAAUAUCUAGCUUUAAGGCAUCCCUGACUUUUACAAGUGCAUGAUCGAAUUUGAAUCUAAUUUAAAUAUAUCCUGGGGGCAUUAACACUUUCUUUACACUUAGAUAAUACCAAUCUGGAAUAUAAUUUUAUUAUUUCCAGGUGACCCAGUAAAAAUUGGCUCUUUGUCAACUGCCAUUUUGGAGAAGGUUUCUGUUGAUAUUUGCUUUUAUUAUCUUUCAUUUAUACUUUCAGCCAUUAGUUUAUGGGCUUUUUUUCUUUUGCUUGCUUUGUAAGCUACUUUAUGCACUACAAAUUAGAAAGAAAGGAUAAAUCCUAUAUUGUGUACACUUUAUGCUGAAGAUAUCCUAAAUACAUUGAUUAGUACAAUUUCUUCUAAGAAGAAUGACUCGAAAUGUGUGGAAGGUGGAAUUUAGAAACAAUCUGUAGCUUUAUGCUUUAGCCAAAGGAAGCUGGAGGACAGCGUUUGCACUACAUCAGGAGUAUGUUUAAGCUCCUUCAUGGAGUAAAGUGCAAAGACUAUUCAUGCCAUUGCAAUCAUUAUAUUGGAAUAUUUGAGUUGUGCUUUGACCAAUAAAACAUUUAAUUUUUGUGCAAA